AUGGUUCCAGGAGUUUCCGUUGAUGUGGUUGUCGUGGUCGUUCCUGGAUUCCCCGUUGAGAUGCUCGUCGUGGUCGUCCCUGGAUUCCCCGUUGAGUUGCUCGUCGUGGUCGUUCCUGGAUUCCCCGUUGAGAUGCUCGUCGUGGUCGUUCCAGGAGUUUCAGUUGAUGUGGUCGUGGUGGUCGUCCCUGGAUUCCCCGUUGAGAUGCUCGUCGUGGUCUUCCGUUCCGUUGAGUGUCGUCGUGGUCGUCCUGGAUUCCCCGUUGAGAUGCUUCGUCGUGGUCGUUCCUGGAUUCCCCGUUGA